CGGUCACAUUGCUUGAACAGAUUUUCGCAAUGAUGAAAUUGUUUACAACAGUAUAUUGUUUUUGAACAACAAAAUGAGCGUAGAUAUAGCCAGCACGAUCAAGUUCCGGGAUAUCUGCGGCCUGUUCGAGAAGCUGAAGGCCACCCAAAAGGUGGUCAACAAGGAGGAGGUCCUCAAGAGCUACUACGAGUCCUUCUGCCGGCACCGCGAAUCCUUUCGCCGGCAAACCGGAUUAAACGACGACCAGCCGGAGGACGGUGCCAGUAGCUUCUAUUCCGUGCUACGACUGCUGCUUCCGGGUGCGGACACGGGUCGGGAUACCUAUGGAUUGCAGAUCACCGCGCUGGGCAGACUCUAUAUCAGGGUGCUCCAGCUACCCACGGACUCCAGCGAUGCCAUCAGGCUGCAGCACCGCACCGGAACCAUGUACCGGGACUACGGCGAUGUUGUUUAUUCCGUGCUUAAGCCAAGGUGCUUUAAUCCGCCCAGCAAUUUGAGACUGAAUCAAAUCCAUCAGAUGCUGGACACCAUUGCCAACGAGGACACAGAAGUUAAGCAGCAGCAACUCAUCCGGUUUACGGAGCAGGCCUCGCCCGAGGAACAGAAGUGGCUAAUCCGGCUGCUGUUGAAGAGCCUCGGGCUGGGGAUCGGUGAGCGAAAGAUCUUCGGUGUGCUGCAUCCUAAGGCGCAGGACAUCUACCAGCGCUGCUCCGAUCUGGGACAUGUGUGCAAUCUACUGGCAGACCAAACCACCGACCUAGACGCCAGCACCAGCAAGGACAGCAAGGCGGCGGUCACGUUGGUAAACCUGAAUUCCGUCAUACGGCCAUUCCACCAGAUACGACCCAUGCUGUGCGAACGAUUCCCGGGUGACAUCCAGGAGCUGAUGCAGUCGGAUGUGCUCUAUCUGGAGACCAAAAUGGAUGGCGAACGCUUUCAGCUGCACAUCGAUCGAGGUCGUUUCAUGUACAUUUCCCGCAAUGGAGUGGACUACACCAGGAACUUUGGCCACAGCUACGAUCACGGCACCUUGACGCCAAAGCUGAGGGGACUUCUGCCGCUGGGCUUGGAGUCCAUCAUACUCGACGGCGAGAUGAUGGUGUGGGAUACCAACAAACUGCGCUUUCGGGAAAAAGGCGAGAAUACGGACGUGAAGAGCCUGAAGCCGGAGGGCAGCUGGCAGCCCUGUUUCGUGGUAUACGAUCUGCUAUAUUUUAAUGGCCAGAGUCUGUUGGACCAUACCUACAUUCAGCGGGCGUACAAAUUGCAGAAACUCAUAGUUGAACAGUCGGGUGUGCUGCAGUUGAUGCGUGCACGUAAAAUCGGUUCCGUUCAAGAGUUCAACGAGCUGUUCCAGCAGGCACUCGACUCCCACGCCGAGGGCAUUGUGCUGAAGAAGCAGGGAUCAAGAUAUCAGCCUGGCGUUAGGCUGGGCGGUGGGUGGUACAAGGACAAGGCUGAUUACAUCAAAGGGCUGAUCACCGAGUUCGAUGUGCUGAUCAUCGGGGCAUUCUACAAUCGCAAGCGCACCUUUGUGGACUCAUUUUUACUGGGAGUUCUUCAGCCGGCGCCGCCAGGCAGCUCUAAUCGUCCCGAAGUCUUCAGUAUUGGAGUGGUUGCCAACAAUACGAAACAGCGCGGAGUGCUAAAUCACACACUAAAACCACAUUGGCACGAUGUAGUCAAUGAGCCACCGCCAUUGUGGUUUCACUACAAGCCCAAGGAAAGGGCCGGGUGCCCCGAUCUGUGGAUCGAACCGCAGAACUCGGUAAUUUUGCAGGUGAAGGCUGCUGACCUGGCGCCCAAUGGAGCAUUUUUCACCCGAAAAUCGUUGCACUUUCCGCGCACUGAGAUGAAACGAGAUGAUAAGCCCUGGAGCGAAUGUAUGACACUGAAGGAGUUUAACGAUCUCUGCCAGGGUCCUUCGGCCAUCAAGAAGUUAAACAAGCGGCAACUGCGCCUAGAGGAUGUGACCACCAAGCGGAAGCAGAUGCGUAUGACGCCCUCGGAGCGAAGCCGACUGGGAUUGGCCGUCUAUGAGAAGCGCUAUGACGCGAGCACCUCCGCUAGCACUUCCAAACUCUUCGACGGUCUGAGCUUUUGCAUACUGAGCGGGUCUGCCGGACGACACAGCAAGCAUCAGCUGCAGGAACUGGCUGUUAAAAACGGUGGCUGCAUCGUGGAGAACCCCCUGCCCAAUGAUCCAAAGUGCUUUUGCAUCGCAGGCGAUGAGACGUUUUUAGUUAAGCGGCUCAUCCUUCAGCAGCCACGCACCUGUGACAUUGUGCGCAUGGAGUGGCUACUUAGGGUCUGUCAGAAGCAGGAGCUUGAACUGAGGCCUAGAGAUCUUAUUGCGGCCACUGAACCACUGCAGCAGGAUCUGGCUGAAUGUUUUGACCGGCACGGUGAUAGCUACACCAAAGACAUUGCCAACGUGGAGGAGUUGCAGGAUCUGCUUCAAGGCAUUGAUUUAACAGCUGAUAAUGUGGCUGGCAUAACCGCAUCUAACCUAAAUGCUCUGGAGGAUCAGCUUCUGGAUGGGAAAAGGAAUCUGAACAUGUUCCGGCAUCUCAAUGCGUUUUUCUAUAGUCCGCAUGGUGAUGAACUGGCUAAGCUUCUGUUUCUUCAAAACGGCGGCCGGAUAGUCGACGAUUCCGAUCCGCAACUAAAUCUGGGAUUUAUCUGUAUGUCUUCCGACAUCGAUAACGACCACUUGGAGCACUGGCGGCAAAAUCAUUCCAAGUUGAGCGCUGACAAGGUCUUAAACUCGGCGUGGAUCCAUCAGUGUCAUCGCGAAGGCAUCCUACUUCCUAUGCACUCUUUUAUCUAACUCGAUUAGUUUGUUUAUUAGCUUUAUAGUUUUGUACAAAAAUUACAUGUUAUCCUUGUUAUAAAAUUGUAAUUUAAUUUCUUACCAUAAUUAUGUAAUUAUUAUCCCGAAUUCUAAUGUUAUAUCAAAAAGAUUUGCAUGUAUAUUUUGAAGAACAAUAGUAAAU